UACACAAUGCUGCUCUCUUGUCUUUUUUGUUUCCAAUGAUGCCGUUCUUAGGAAUCUGCAGCCAGAUGCCCCAGACACCGUUACAGUGGUUCCCCUUUAUCCUGAGGGUGAUGAAGGGUGUACACCAGACACUGGAAGAACAUGGAAUGGUGAGAGGACUGGCCAGAAAUGUCCAAGUGUACAAUCCACCGAACAGCGGGGACAUUGGCCGAACCCUGCCCCUGGCCGGUGCAGCAGCGCCGCGUGUGUGCGCUCCCCUGGCUGUCAUGAGGCCCGUGGAACCUAUUCCAUAUCGCCGGCGCUGAGAUCGGGAGGCGGCAAGAGGCCAAGAGGGAAGUGAGCGGUGUCGGAAGGCGAUAAGCCAGAUGAAGAAGAGACUUGUUGAGUUCGCGGGCUUCGUGGGCUUCAGCAUCCAUCAGAGAGAGCGCAGGGAUCAUGAGCACCCCGUGCCUGGGUAUCACGUCCGUAAGCGCGAACUAAGUCUGUUCCACAAAGCAGCAUAUUUUGGUGAUCUGGACACAGCGGAGGUGUUGCUGUUACAUAACAAAAAUGUCGUAGACAGCAGAGACAGGAAGAACAGGACUGCCCUGCACUUGGCCUGCACCACCGGCCAGUCAGCAGUGGUGAGUCUCCUCAUACAUUGGGAUUGUGACCUGAAUGCUCGUGACGAGGAAAGCAAGACAGCUCUCAUGAAGGCUGUACAAUGCCAGAAAGAAGUAUGUGUCACCGUCCUGCUGGAAUACAGAGCUGACCCAAAUCUUGAGGACAACUGUCAAAACACUGCUCUGCAUUACGCCGUCUUGGCUGGAGAUACGUCAAUUGCAGCAAAGCUGCUCCGCUAUAAUGCAAAUAUCGAGGCGAUAGACAAGGUAUAGCUCAACUGACUUUAUUUACAAGUUAUU